UAAUUUCCUCGCGAAAUUCAAUUUAAAUAAAUAAAGACAACUAAAAUGGACACUGUAAGGGAGCUGGUGCAAUUCAUGCAGCCCAAUCAACGCCUGGACCUAAAGGCAGUGGCCUUAACCCAUGUUUUAGGCUUAACCGGGAGUUCGGAGGGCAAAUCGGCCAUUCUAUCGCUGGACGAAAUGCUAAUGGCCAUUUUCGGACUGACCUACGAUGAAAACCAAACAGUGGCCAAGGAUGCAGUCCUCAGUUUGAUUAAUUUAACGGCCGAGGAGGAGGCUGCCGUUAAGGUUUUCCAGCUGGCCAAGCAAUUGCAGCCCACCUUUGCCAUCGUGGAGGUGGCUGCCAAGCACAUAAGCGACGAGCAAUCCGAUCUGGCCGAUCCCUGGAGCAUGGUUUUGAGCAACCUGACGCGGGUGGAGUCGCUGGUCCACGAGAUUCUGGACACCCUGGAGAAGGACGAGAAGACCCUGCCCCGGCUGGCGAAGGCCUUUGCCCAGCUGGACUACAACAAGAAGAAGGGGAAGCUCCACUACCUGGCGCCCAUCUUCUGCAAUCUUACCCAGGUGCCGCGCGGCAGGGAGCUAUGCUGCCACCGGAAGUACCAGUUGCUGGAGAAGCUGCUGCCCUUCGCCUCCUUCGAGGGCAGUGUGGUGCGGCGUGGCGGCACCAUUGGCAUCCUCAAGAACGUCUGCUUCGACACGGUCUACCACGAGGUGAUCCUCAACGAGCAGAGCAGCAUCCUGGUGGCCAUCCUGCAGCCGCUCUGCGGUCCCGAGGAGUUCAGCGACGAGGACAACGAGCUGCUGCCCAUCGAACUGCAGUACCUUCCUGAGAGCAAAACGCGCGAAGAGGAUCCGGAUCUGCGGAAGAUGCUGCUGGAGUGCCUGCUGCAGCUCUGCUCCACGCGUCGCAGCCGCGAGAUCCUGCGCUCGAGGGGCGUUUAUGAGAUCCUCAGGGAAUACCACAAGUGGGAGGCCAAGGUGGCCAAGGACAGCGACUGUCUGCUGGCCUGCGAGAACGUAGUGGACAUCCUGAUCAAAAAAGAGGAGGAGAUUGGCUUGGACAACUACAAAACCGAGGUGGAAGUGCCCUCCGAGCAGGCCGAGAAGUUCGUCCAGGAAGAUGCCGCCUAUGUGAAGAGUUUGCUGGAUUAAAUCAACCAAAUCCGCCGCCGUUUGUAAAUAUGUGUGUAGUGUUAGUGAAACUCAUAGACGAUAUCGAACAUUCAAUAUAUGUAUGCAGUUUUUUAUUCAGAAA